GUGUGACCAAGCGAGUGAUCUUCUCUCAGAGCCUCUGAAGCCCUGAUCUUAAUCACGUACGGUUAUAGGAGACCUUCUGCCCUGAAGACUAGGAGCCAGGAGGACCCCAGCUGAGCUCCAGGCUCUUGGCCAUGUCCCCUGAAGGCGUACCCUGGCGCUGGCUGGCAGCGGGCAGGGCGUCCCGGAGCCUGGUGCUGGUGGUGGUGUUCGUCGCGUUGCUGUUGGACAACAUGCUGCUGACGGUCGUGGUACCGAUCGUCCCCACCUUCCUUUAUACAACAGAAUAUGAAGGUGCCAACACCUCUGUUGCCCCAGCCCAGACUGAGCUGGCUCCUCCAGCUCUGAAGGCUCCUCCUUUCUCCUCCAUGUUCUCCUAUUUUGACAACACCACGGUGACUGUCUCGGGCUCCACCAGCGCCAUGGAGCUGGUGAAUGGGACGGAGAGCAGCCCCCCAUCACAGCCCCCCACCACCAGCCCCCCCCCACCGAGCGGCUGCUUGGAGGGCGAGGAGUUCCUGGCCAAGGAAAACGUCCGUGUGGGGCUGCUGUUUGCCUCCAAGGCUCUCGUACAGCUGGUGGUCAACCCUUCCGUGGGUCUCCUGACCAACAGGAUAGGAUACCACAUCCCCAUGUUCAUCGGAUUCGUCAUCAUGUUCCUCUCCACAGUCAUGUUCGCCUUCUCCAGCACCUACACCUGGCUCUUCAUCGCCCGAGCCCUCCAAGGCAUCGGCUCCUCCUUCUCCUCAGUGGCAGGCCUGGGCAUGCUGGCCAGUGUCUACACCGACGAUGCCGAGAGGGGCAACGCGAUGGGGAUCGCUCUUGGAGGCUUGGCCUUGGGUGUGCUGAUCGGGGCCCCCUUCGGCAGCCUGAUGUACGAGUUCGUGGGGAAAUCAUCUCCCUUCCUGGUCCUGGCCUUCCUCGCCCUCUUAGAUGGAGCUUUGCAGCUCUCCAUACUGCAGCCCUCUAAGAUCUGCCCCGAGAGCACCAGAGGCACCCCGGUCUUCACCCUGCUGCGAGACCCCUAUAUCCUCAUCGCUGCAGGAGCCCUCUGCUUCUCCAACAUGGGGGUGGCCAUGCUGGAGCCCACCUUGCCCAUCUGGAUGAUGCAAACCAUGUGCUCCCCAAAGUGGCAGUUAGGGGUGGCGUUUCUCCCUGCCAGUAUAUCCUACCUCAUCGGCACCAACCUCUUCGGCGUCCUGGCCAACAAAAUGGGCCGGUGGCUGUGCUCCCUCAUCGGCAUGGCCGUGGUGGGAAUCAGUCUCCUCUGUGUACCUCUGGCCAAAAACAUUUAUGGUCUGAUUGGCCCCAACGGUGGCCUUGGCUUUGCCAUAGGGAUGGUGGACUCCUCCAUGAUGCCCAUCAUGGGCUACCUCGUGGACCUUCGCCACACCUCCGUCUACGGCAACGUCUACGCCAUCGCAGAUGUCGCCUUCUGCAUGGGCUUUGCCAUUGGCCCCUCCACAGGCGGUGCGAUUGUGCGAGCCCUUGGGUUCCCCUGGCUGAUGGUCAUCAUUGGGGUCAUCAACAUCGCGUACGCUCCCCUCUGCUGGUACCUGCGCAGCCCUCCUGCUAAAGAGGAGAAGAUGGCAAUCCUGAGCCAGGAGUGCCCCAUGCAAACCCAGAGCUACGCCACCCAGAAAACCCUGCGGGAUUUCCCGCUCACGGAUGACAGCGACGUGGAGGCAGAAAACGCGGAAUAGCGAGCGCCAGGACGCCGGCCCCGUUCUGGAGCAACCUUGUGUUUACAGAACACGAUGUAUUAGCGCUCAAGAAAUCACCCAGCCUCCCCCCCCAAGGCUUGUGGACACAGGACAGACACGGGCUGUUAUUGUUGGCUUGUUCUCUCAGCCACGGGACUCACAGCAGGGAGG